AUGGGUGCACCAGAUUACGUGCCCUCCGAUGAAGAUGAAGAAGAUACCACAUUAUCAAUAACUCGGACGCUGGAUGAGCCUCUCACGAUGGAUGUUGUGGAAAAGGACUCACCCAUAAUAUCAUUAACUAUGAUGAUGGAGACGGAACAAUUGCGAGGUCUUGGGGAAUUUUAUAAUGCAUUAACAAAACGUUACACCCUAAAUCACGAGCUUAAUAAACAUAACGAUUCAUUUUUUAUUAACAAUAGAAUUAUGAAUCAUGUGAAUAAUUUUACUUCAACUAACUAUGCACAUGAAAAUUUAUUAUGGGAGGAGAGUACUAAUUGCUCUCGUAAUUUUACUGUUACACGUAAUACGGUUACCAGAAAGUUGAGAUUUAAACCUCUUCUUUUAGCUUCAGGGUCAUAUAUGGUGUCAACCGAAUUACCGAUAAUUAGAGCAAAUUAUUUCUGUUAUACAUACAGCGAGUUGUUAUAUAUAUUAUAUGUCGCAAAUCUGUUUAGUGGAAACUCGAGCCUGAUUUUAGCAUCAUAUCUAGAAACAAAAUACGUCACCGAGUUUGACGAGUACUCAGUACAUACCACGAAAUAUUUUUGUAAUAGGAUUACUAACCGCUGUCAAUCAUUUUUCAAUUUCACGAAUUCGGAUAAAAUUAUGUUAAGUUCUAAAAAACAUUUCUUUACACAGCAUGUAUAUGAUGACCCUACCUUACUACGUUAUAUACGACAAUUUAAAAAAUGUGACAUUUGUGGGCGUCGCUUGCAGGUAUGGACUAGUAUGGACGAGUUAGUAAAAAUCCAUGGUUCUAGAUAUUAUGAAGAUGUAUUAGGUACAGCAGAAUGUAGGGAAGUAGCUGUUAAAAUAUUUAAUAUAGUACAAAAUUUGUAG